AGCCGAGCUUGCCGGGACGGCAAUGGCGCAGAGUGAAGUUGUUCACGGCCUCAAGCGCAAUGGCUGUAGGUUUAUGGAGAGGAUGGAGCGAAUAUUCGAGAAGUACAGCCAACCAUUUGAAGAAGACCUGGUUAUUAAUCUUGAGGAUAUGACUGUUGAUACUCCAUCAGGUCCCAUAAUAUGGUGCCCCACUGACUCUCAGCUUUGUCUUCCAAGAAAACAAGCCAGAAAUAACUUUCAUAAAAAGUAUGAAAAAUUAUACGAACCUGAUGUAAGCCAGGAACAGGACAAAAAACUGUGUGCACCCGAUGAAAGCCAGGAGAAACUGAUGAGCACCAAGUUAUCAAGUCAAACAUAUCAGGCUUCUGACACUGAAGUUUUAAAAGAUGGACCGUGCAUUCAAAGUACAUCCAAGUUACAAACCAGUCUCUCCAUGGGGAAUAUGAAUGUAGGAGAUAAAUAUAAGAUAGAUGUUGACAUACUGGCUACUGGCAAUGAUGACCUUGGAAAGCAAGUCUUGGUGGAAUGUGUAGGGAGGGCCAAAAACAAACCAGUGAUCAUGUUUACCCCUACAUCGAAGGUGAAAGUUGGAUUGUCACAUGCUUAUCAUGAUUGCAGUGAUGACUUUCAGACAACAAUUUCUGGAGAUUUAAAUCAUUCAUCAAGAUCUGACCAUGAUGACAAAGAUGAUUCAAAUUUAGCUUCUUCUAUGUCCUAUGACCAGUUGUUGGCGAAGCCACUUUGUGGACUUGGUAGCAAAAAACUUUCUUAUCCGCUCAGGUUUGAGAAAAGCAGAAGCAAUGUAUUGGAUUUGAGUGAAACUGUAUCCACUUGUAUCGACCAAUGUUCAGUGGAAAGCCACGAUGAUACUUCAUCUGGUUUAAGUGAUACAACACUUAUUGAUAUCUACCCAAAUAUGCUAGCUUCGAUGAGUAACUUGCUUGACCGAAGCUACAAGAUGCAAGUUGCCUCAAGAUUAAUAAAACACUAUCGACGUCUCCAGUUAAAUGCAUGGAAAUCGAAACUAAAUACAACUCGAGAUGGAAUAAGAAUGAAGGUCAAGAUGGAUACUCAUGCAUUAAAGAAUGUGGAGGAUUAUCCUAUUCUUGAAUUAAAGGCAUCUGCUGGAGCCACGCUUAUGAAUGGAAAAGUUUGUUCUCUGAAGAGAUAUGAAACCACAGAAUGUAAUCUUGACACAAUUCUGUCCACGGCUGCUGCUGAAGGUUCUAUGUCUGCGCAGCAAACAAAUUCAAAAUCAUCUGAAGUCGAAACUUCCAAGUUUAGAAAUUCAUUCGAUGAUGCAAGUUAUUCUCGGCCACUACUACUAAGCCCUCUCAACCCAAAAAGUCCAGUACCAGUUACAAAUUGCUGCAACAUGAGGAAAACUUCACCUUGUAUAGUAACUUCUUUGAAUGGACCAUCUUUGCCCCAACUGGAUAUCAUGACUAACUCCAGUUUUAAAUGUUUAAGCACAAAACCCAAUAUGGCAAAGGCACAUUCACCAUGCUCAAGCUUCAUUCUUAACCAUCCACCAAAGGCAAAGCUAUCUCCGUUGAACAACAGUACAGUGACAAAACAAGAUUCUGUAGUAGCAAAUUUCAGCAGAUCACCAUUUAGAAUGCUUUUGUGCUCAAGUAACAUUUCCUGUACUGGCCAAAGUAGUAAACGGAGGCAUUCAUUUUCCUCUGGGAGUUCUGUUCCAACCAUGUUCCGUUCUAUAAGGAGCCCAUUUAAAACUCAAGUAAAAGAAAUGGAUGCAUUUGAAUCUGUGUAUCGUAACUUGGUUUGUACUGUGACUUCAGUUAGAAACACGCCUUCCCAGCUAUCAAGAAAACGGGCUGCCUGUAUUGACCAGUCGAGGGAAACUUCUCGAUUACCAUUAAAGAGGUUCCGCUCGUUCCCAGAGCCCUCUAAUUCAAGGCAAAGUCGUCAGGAAAUGUUGCUGCUGAAUACCGUACUGCAAGGACAGAAUUACCACUCUAAACAAAUGAGUGGCUUUUAUUCCCCGAGAAGCUGGCAUCCCAGAGAGAAUAUUACUUUGGGUCCAUUUAUUAAAUGGAAAGAUAAUGCUAGCAUGUACUCCAGUUGUGGUACCGCUUUGCCUGUCAUAAAUAGUUCAGGAAACACUGUGAGCUUAUGUUUAUCACCCAGACUUCAAAGCAGAGUGUCUAGAAAACUGGACUAUAGCAAACUGAACACCCCUGUCUGAACUACCCUGACUUCAUUAAGAAACUACAAAGUGCACCACAAGCCUGUUUUUGUUGUUUCUGGCUAUGUUAAUCCUUUAACUGACGAUGCUUUCCAGUAUUAUAAGCAUUUUUUUAAAGUACUAAUAUUUAGUGUGUUUUCCACUCUCCUCUUCCUCUCCCAUAAAUGUGACACUGUGCAACUUGAGCCGCAGGAGAUUGUCUGGUCAUCUCCCACAAAUUUUGAAAACUAUCAGUAGUUGGUACCUGCACCUUGGUGAAGGAACACUAUCUGAAUGCUGGUCACUGCCACAUUUGAAUCCUAGGCCAAGGUACUGAAUAAAAUGUAAGCCAUAUUACCAUUACACCUUAAUAGCAGAAUUUGAGUGGGAAAUUAUUUAUAUAUUCACUUUGUUUUGUCUAAUAUGUACAUAUUUUGUUACUAUUUUAGUCCUUGUUAGUCUUCACUAUAUUGUGAUGCACAUUACAUCUAAAAAAAAAACUUUCCUUUAUGGCUCUGAUUUUUUUAUUGCUAUAAUUUUUAUGUAUUGUGCUGAAUUUUAUGCAAUAUUUUCUUAUUUGUAUACGGUUAGUGCAUUACUAAGAUGCAUAUGGAUCAUUUGGUAUGAAAGCAGUUAUGUAAACACAUCAUAGGUUUAAGGUCACUUUUUAUGGACUAUAAUUUAGGUGUCAAGACCCAAACUAAUUCUGAAGCAAAAACUGAGUGAAAUACACCCUCCAGGGCCCUUGCUUUGCAAUCAGAGAGUGUUUAUAUUACAAGUGCGACUUCAAUGUAAAAGGCCGUUGUUUCACAAUUUACUACCGUUGCAGUGUGAAAUUUUCCUUGAUUUCCAUGUACUUGCUUGUAAAAAUAAGACUUGUAAUUUCUUGCUGGUGUCUCUUUAAACUUGGGCGAUUUUUCACUGAAUAGUACCUGCAUCAAGAGAAAAUGCUGAAGGUAAUUUAAUCAUAGUCUUGUCUUGGCAUUGGCUAUUAUCAAUAGCUGCAAGCAGAAAUCUGUUUUAUGUUAAGAUUUCUGUGCUUAACUUAUUUCUUGUGAAGUAAAUUUGGAAUAAAUAUGAAAAUCUUGGCUC